AUGUUCUCCGCCAUUUCAAAGGUCAUUGCAACUACAGCUACAUUUCCAUAUCAAGUUCUUAGAACCCGGAUGCAGGACCACAACGUGGAAGCAAGAGGAGUAUGGCGAACAACUACGGACACCCUGUCUAGAGAGGGUGUACGAGGUCUGUAUAAAGGCUGCCUAAUGGCCAACUUACGGCAGUUACCAGCAGCAGUUGUGACGUUUGUUACAUAUGAAAAUGUUAGGCGUUUUGUAAGGAAUUCAAAUAUCUAG